UAAAUUAAUGUACACAAAUAUAAAAUAAAACAAAUCCAGAAGAGUUUUAUUGAAAUUUCACAAAGCAUGCACUGGCACAUAGUACAUAAUACACCAUCACAAUACUUUCACUAGCUAGUAGCUAUCGAUGAUGGGACUAGAGAUGGUGACUAACUUUUCCAAUGACCAUGCCCAAGUGAUGCCCAUCUCAUUGUUCGUUGCGGUACUAUGCCUUUGCCUCAUUAUUGGUCACUUGCUUGAAGAGAGUCGUUGGGUUAAUGAAUCCAUCACCGCCAUUUUCUUAGGGAUCAUAGCAGGGACUGUCAUAUUGGUUAUGAGCAAGGGCAAGAGUUCUCAUAUCCUUACUUUUGAUGAAGAAUUGUUCUUCAUUUACCUUCUUCCGCCUAUAAUUUUUAAUGCAGGGUUCCAAGUGAAGAAAAAACAAUUCUUCCACAACUUCUUAACCAUCAUGCUAUUUGGUGUGAUUGGUGUUUUCAUUUCCACUUCGAUCAUAACGUGCGGCAGCUGGUGGUUAUUCUCUAAGUUGGGUUUCAAUGGUCUGAAUGUGCGGGACUUUCUUGCUAUAGGAACAAUAUUCUCGUCAACUGAUACAGUGUGCACCCUGCAGGUGCUUCAUCAAGAUGAAACCCCAUUACUAUACAGCUUAGUAUUUGGGGAAGGAGUGGUGAAUGAUGCAACAUCAGUUGUUCUAUUCAAUGCAGUACAAAAGAUUGAUAUUACUCGGUUUAGUAGCAAGACUGUUUUCCGUGUCUUGGGUGAUUUUCUCUAUUUGUUUUUCACAAGCACAGUUCUCGGAAUCAUGUCUGGACUUUUGACGUCAUAUGUCCUUAAGGCCCUCUGCUUUGGAAGACAUUCGAGUAUUCGUGAAAUUGCCUUGAUGGUGUUAAUGGCUUAUCUAUCGUACAUGUUGGCUGAGCUGUUCAAUCUGAGUGGAAUACUUACAGUUUUCUUUUGCGGUAUUCUCAUGUCUCACUAUGCAUGGCAUAACGUAGCAGAAACUUCUAGAAUCACAACCAGAAAUGUAUUUGCUAUGAUGUCAUUUGUUGCAGAGACAUUCAUAUUUCUUUAUGUGGGAAUGGAUGCUCUUGACAUGGAGAAGUGGAAGAUGUCUAAGUUAAAUUUUAGUACUUCCAUAAGCAUUUGGAGUACACUAAUCUUACUGGUGUCGCUUGGCCGUGCUGCAUUCGUUUUCCCUCUCUCUGUUCUUUCCAAUUACAUGAACAAAUCGCAUUCUGAUGGAGUAUCUAAUCUCACAUUCAAACACAUGAUCGUCAUAUGGUGGGCUGGACUUAUGAGGGGAGCUGUUUCUAUAGCUUUAGCAUUUGAAAAGUUCACAUUUUAUGGUGUUACUUCGGACCCCAUCAAUGCUUCAAUGAUCACAAUCACCAUAAUUGUUGUUCUUUUCAGUACAGUGGUAUUUGGUCUUCUAACUAAGCCACUAAUAAACUGUCUUCUUCCCCAUCACAUGACUAACGUCAUUAAUGGACAAAGGUCAAAAGACCUUAUAGAGGACAUGACCCCUCCUUUGCUCUCCUUUGAAGAAUCUGCCACAACCAACAUCCUUCGAGCUAAGAAUAGUCUUACCAUGUUAAUGGAAAGGCCUGUAUACACUAUUCACUCCUACUGGAGAAGGUUUGAUGAUGCUUACAUGAGACCCAUCUUUGGUGGCCCUCGGGAACAUCAACUGCCAACAUAAGUGAAUGACUUGAGUAUCAUGAGCAUCUAGUUUAAGUCCAAACAAAAGAUGACUGAUUCAAGGGCAUAACAGAAAAGUACUGAGGUAAACACUGAAGCAGUUAUGUAUGCGAAGUGGUACCAAAUUUUUAGUUCCUUUUGUUUCCGACUAUGAGCCCAGAAAGUGACUUGGGUAUUUUCUUAGAUGGGGUUGAACUUUUUAUCAUUUUGCUAUUAUGAACGCUCCUUAUGUUGAAAGUUUUUGUAAAUUGAGAGAGAUGUAUAUUUUAAUCUCUUGCGUUAAUAAGAGAAUAUGUUCAAGGCACUACGCUUAA